GCAUAAUAUUCCCGUCACCAACCUUGAACAAUAAAAGUCACAACUCUUCUCGCGCUAUCUCCACGUCUACUGGAGAAAUUUUCCUAUUUUUUUACUCGGCUUUUCAAUGAAGCUGCGGUAGUAAUUGUAGUGCUCUAGAGAUAGUGAGAGGAUCUCUAGAAGCCAAUCCCUUCGACAAAUCCCAAGUCCUAUUAUCUAUCUACUUUUUCACAUCAAGGCUGAGUCCGAGUUCUAUCAGCCAUGUUAGUCACAAAGAAUGUUGCAGAACUUUGUGUUCUGCUAAUCAGCGAGCUGUAUGGCCAGCUCCCAUCGCGCAUAUUCGCCGACCUUCUCGCACGAGGCAGAUCGACUGUCGCACAAUUGGCGCAACACACAUUCAUAAACCAACGACAAGUGCGCCAUGGUGUUGCUGUGCUCAUACAGUUGAAUCUCAUAUUUCAUCUUACCGACCAAGACACUGGUAUCACUCAUUACGAAGCAAAUCAUCAUGCUGCAUAUAACCUCGUCCGAAUGGGAAAGAUAUUGGAUAUGGUACGCACCAAAUACGGACACCAUGCGCAUUACUUAGUACACGAGGUCCUUAUACAAGGCCAUGCGAAAAUCUCGGACCUCAUCGAAGCAUUUAAGAAUAAACAAGACGCCCGCAAUGGAGCUGUCAAUGGAACAUUGCAAAAUGGUCAUAAUCACGUCAAUGGUAAUGGCAAUAGCAACAGUAACGGCAACGGAAUCGCCAACGGUUCAGAAGACGUAAAGUCAGGAGAUAGUAGCGAGGACACAGACGACCUAGUCUAUGGCACACUCGCGCAGCUAAUCGCCACUGGCAUCCUUGAGCCGGUUAUGCCGACGAUGUACCAGUCCCCGCAGGAUCUUAGGAGUUCAGUCGAGCAAGCUUAUCUAGCGGAUUUCCCUACCGGCAUCCGAGGAUCCAAGCAAACUGCCGAAUUUGAAAAGAGUGUAAGAGAAAGGCUAAAAGAUAUCCAGAAAAAGAACACAUAUCUGAAGAGAAGGCUCGAAGAUGAGAUCGCGCUCGGCCCCACUACAAAGCGCCGGAAGUUAACAAACGGUGGCAUGUCAAAUUCAAAUGUCGGCGACGGAGCUAGAAAUAUCGUUGCACAACAAUUUGACACUGCUCUCCGAGUGAAUUAUGAUAAAUGCACUGUCGAACUUCGCAAUCUAAAGCUUGAACGAUAUGUAGAUGACUUGGUUGGUGAUACCACGGCAAAGGUGUACGCAACACUGCUUGCUGUACUGGGUAAAAAGGUCUCUCGCUGUCAAAUUGAUCGAUCGUUAGAGAUUGAAGAUGACAAUGAUGUCACCGCAGAGCCCCGCGUCACCACUCAAGAGGUUUUCGAGCAAUUAAAUCCUUCUAUUGAUUUAUCCACCGGGAUUGGGAAACUGCAUGGCGAGGGAACCAUUGAUAUCAAAUAUGCGGAAAAGAUUCGACGAUAUCCUCCACAGCUCAAGGGCUCGACUCUCAAAGAGACGCUAGAGGAAGAUGAAGAAAUCAUAGGGUCGGACGACGAAGACUAUGACCAUAGCGGAGAGGCAGCGGACCACUUCGGACUCCACGGACAAAACGGUACAAAUGGUGUAGAGGUGCAAGAAGAUGAUGGAGUCCCAGUCGGUUCACGACGGCUGCAUGAGAUGCGCCAACAUCUUCUCAUACUGGCCGAGAGCUCACAGGGGUUUGUACGUCACUGUGGCGAGAACGAGUUCGGCGAGUGGACAGUCGAUUUUGAGCCGCUCAUACAACAUCUGAAAUUCCUCGAGCUCGACACAAUUAUUGAGAACCGCUUCGGUCGUCAAGGUCUGCGCCUCACCCGGAUUCUUAGGGAGAAGGGCAAGAUCGACGACAAGACAUUGCCUGGUUUAGCUCUUAUGAAGAAGCCAGACGUGCAUGUCAAGAUGGCAGAGAUGGAGAUGGCAGGAUUUCUCGACGUGCAAGAGGUACCUCGGGACAACAACCGAGCAGCUGCUCGGACGAUCUUCUUCUGGUUCUUCGACCUCGACAGGACAUUGCAGCGAAUAUUGGACAAUACCUAUAAGUCCAUGGUACGCUGCUUCCAACGACUAGAAGUUGAGCGUCAAAAAAAGAAGAGCGUCCUCGAGAUGGCUGAACGUAAAGAUGUACAAGGGAUAGAGGAGGAUAGGCUCAGGGGCGACGUGUAUAACGACUACAUCCGGUUACUCGACAUCGAGAAGAAGCUCCUCGGCCAAGUGGCGAAACUCGACGAUAUCGUAUCUGUCCUUAGGGACUUCUAAUUUUCAUUCUCCCAUAUGAUACCAGGGUUGGAAGGAAAAGUUGCAUUUGCAUUGGCGGCGUUAGUUCAUGGAGGUCUGGCCUAACGGCUUAAAAGUGUGUUUGUAUUAAAGGUUCGAUUAGCCAUCGAUUCUAAAAUUGUGGCGUGUAGGAUCGCGUCACGGAUUAUAUGUCCUGAUACCUAGUAGUAGGUGACAAAUGUACUUAUAGUUGGCCGAAAUAAGAAGCUUUCUAAUACUACAGGUAUGACUAGGGGCCUA